AUGAUUACCAAACAUUUCCUUCAUAAGUUUCGUAAAUUCCCACCUCGGCCGUUUUUCUCCUUACCCGUAAUCGGCCAUCUUUAUCUCUUGAAGCAACCGCUGCAUCGAACCCUAGCCAAGAUUUCGAACCAGUAUGGUCCUGUUGUGUUUCUUGAGCUUGGUUCACGCCCGGUGCUCCUGGUCUCGUCUCCGGCUGCAGCCAAGGACUGCUUUACCACAAACGAUUUGAUUUUCGCAAAUCGGCCGAAAUUGCUCGCUGGGAAACACCUUGGCUACAACUACACAACUCUUACUUGGGCCUCAUAUGGACACCACUGGCGAAACUUAAGACGAAUUGCUUCCCUCGAGAUUUUAUCGACUAAUCGUAUUCAGAAGUUUACGGAUGUCCAUCGUAAUGAGAUCAUCUCUCUAGUUCGUACCUUAAAUGAGAGAUCUCAAAAGGAUGGAUUUGUGAUUGUGGAUAUGAAGUCGUGUUUUUUUAAGGUGACGUUGAAUAUGAUUAUGAUGAUGAUCACCGGAAGGAGAUGUUACGGUGAGAAUAUGGAAGAACCGGUGGCCGGAAAGUUGCAGGAAAUGGUGGAGGAAACUUUCCGGUUGAGUGGUGGUACGUCGAAUAUUGGAGAUUUUGUGCCGAUGGCAACGUGGGUUGGGUUCAAUUCGAUGGAGAAGAAGAUGGAAAAACUGAACCGAAAGAAGGAUUCCACGAUGCAAGAGAUGAUUGAAGGGCAUAGGAGAAUGAGGAGUGAUUCUUGUUUUGAAGAAGGUGAAACCAUCGUUGAUGUUCUCUUAUCCCUGCAAGAAACGGAACCUGAAUACUAUACCGAUGGAAUCAUUAGAGGCUUGAUUCUUGUUAUGAUAUCAGCCGGCACCGAUACAUCAGCAGGAACACUAGAGUGGGCUUUAUCACUUCUACUGAACCACCCCGAUUCCCUCAAAACAACCAUCAGUGAAAUCGACAAUGAAGUGGGUUCGUCAAGAAUUAUGAACCAUUCCGAUCUUUCUAAUCUUUGUUAUCUUCAUGGAGUUAUAAACGAAACACUUCGAAUGUGCCCAGCAGCAUCACUGAUUCCACCACAURAAUCCACAGAAGAAUGCACCGUGGGCGGUUUUCGUGUUCCAGCACGAACUAUGCUUUUGGUGAACCUUUGGGCCAUUCAAAACGAUCCAAAGUUAUGGAAGGAGGCCGAGAGAUUUAAGCCGGAAAGGUGGAUUGAGGUAGAAGCGCAGAGAGAUGGAUUUAAGUUUAUGCCAUUUGGGUCGGGUCGAAGAGGGUGUCCUGGAGAAGGUUUGGCGAUGCGAAUGGUUGGAUUAAGUCUAGGAAUGUUGCUUCAAUGUUUUGAGUGGGAGAGAAUUGGUGUGGAGAAGGUGGAUAUGAGCGAAGGGUUCGGUCUCACGAUGCCGAAAGCCCGCCCUUUGCUUGCUAAAUACAGGCCACGACCGCAUAUUGUGGAUCUUCUUUCUCGCAUAUAGUAACAUCUCUCGGUAAGAA